AAUACAAAUGUAGCUUUAAGUUAAAUGCAACGAUCAAUCAUGGACAUUCAGAAGACCCCUGUCAAAACUCACCAUGAAAAAAAUACUAAAAAGACUUCCCUAUAGGAUAUCUAAUCUCCCCAAUAUGUUCACCUUCCAAUAUUUAGACUUUGAUGGAGAUAUGAUUGAUGUCACAUGUGAUGCUGACUUAUAGACUAUUAGGGAAUGCCAGUUCUUCAACGAAGUAGUCACAUUGUAAUUAUUUGUUCACUUAUUCUAGAUAUGUACAACAAGCAAAACAAGGUGGUUUUAAGAAAGAAUAAGUAGGUCAUAGAAGAGAAAACAGAAAAGACCAUAUUAAAGAAAUAGUGAACCAAAGAGUUAUGGAACUAAUCCCUGAGAUUACUAAGCAAGUCAAACUAUCAAUUGCAGCUGAUGAUGUUUAAAAAUAGAUUGAAACAUUAUCAAUUAACAAUACAACCAACGUCGAAGUCAAGGAUGUUAAAAAAGUAGUCCACGAGAGAGUAGCUUGCGAUGGUUGUGAAAUGUUCCCCAUUGUAGGAACCAGAUACAAAGUAAAUUAUUCAAAUUAUAAUCUAGUGUGCAGUAUGUAAGGACUUUGACUUAUGCGAGAAAUGCGAAGAUCUAGGAACCCAUGAACAUGCUAUGUUAAAAAUUAGAAAUCCAGGAUAGGCUCCUUCAAUUAUCAUAACAGCUAUUGUAUUUAAUUAUUUAAAUAUCCAGGGUGACAAACCAGACUUGUUAUAGGAAAAUAACCUAAGAAACUAUAUGAAUUCGGCUUACUAAUCAUUCUAAUCAAUAACUUAAUCAACACCUGUCCCAUUCCCCUUAGAUAUUUCCUCAAUCUAAAAAGAACAAUUAUAAACUCCUGAAUCAAUUAUUUAUAGAUCUACUAAUCCUAUCGUUGUUGAGUUGUGUGAAUUAUUGGGAGUCAGACCUGAAGUGGCUGAAACAUUGUUGGAAUUAUUCCCCAAUCAAGGCGCUAAGGAAAUUAUGGAAAUCAUUGGAGAUGACGUAGAAUACUUGAAUUCCCUUCAAAGAUCAACCAUUUGAUAUAUU